AUGUCGCUACGAUUAUCGCCCAAAGGUGAAAAAGGGAAACUGAAAUGGACAAAGAGCUCGUGGCUACAGAGUGUCCGUCUACAGCUCCACGAUGCGUCAAGCGCCGGGUGGAGGCAACAGACGACGGCUCGGACUGCUAUCCAAAACCCCACCGAAGAUCGGGAUCGCCUCCGAAGGACCCUUUGGCCGGAUACAGAGCGAAACGACGGCGUUGGCAAGUUGGGUCCAUUGCCUGAGAGCGUUGCGAUCUGCUGUCAGCAAACGAGGAAUACAGGGAGCGUCUCAAGGGCAUCGGAGGGAGACGGAAGCGUCUUGGACGUUGGGGCUGAGCUGUCUCUUGGUGGGCAGAAAUUUAUCUCGGUGCCUGCGGUCGGAUGCCGGGAACAGCGAUCAAAUGUUCGAGACAAGUCUACGACACAGAGGGAUGGGAGGGAGCAGCAGGAUCCUGCCAAUGCCAAUGGGCCUCGAUCGAGAACGUCGCCAGGAAUUGCAGCAUCCAAUCCGCAUGCAGACUCGCCCAUGCCAAACCACGCUGGUGAUACCCUCCCAGCCUCCGCCUCACUGUUGAUCGAGUGUGGAUGGCAAGAUCUCCGCGCCCGGGCCACUGAUAUGCCUGGGGAGAUGCCCCCCCUCCCGCAAUCAUCUUGCCACCGCUGCGGUGCUGGCGAGAGGUUUUGCACGGGUCAGGCCAUCACGCCGAUUCCCCCGCCUUGUUAUCGGCAACCCGCAAACGACCAAGAUGUGCCAUGA